CCGCUCUGCUAUUCACGUGACUCUUUAAAACCGAAUGACGGAAGUUGACGUUGAAACGCGGCGUAGUAGCUUUUCAACAAUGGCCUUCGCUUCAGUUUUAUUAUUUAUAUUUUCAUUUUAUAGCUGUUAUGCUCAAGUGCCACUGCUCAUGUGGACCAGUGACGGGUACAGCUUGCCACAUCUAACCCAACACCCAGCCGGUCAUGUAGUGUGCGAUGGACAUCUAGUGUCUUAUUUAAAAUCUGCCUUAAAUACUGCUCCACAUAAUGUUUUACUCUUUCUACAGGAUAAGCUUAGCAUAGAUGACUUUACUGUUUACGGCGGCGUGUUUGGGAACAAGCAAGAUAGUGCCUUUUCCAACAUAGAGGCAGCACUUCAGGCAUCGUCCAAUCCCCUGGUGUUGCCUUCUAUUGUCUGGUCAGCAUCAGAUUCAGUACUGGAACUCUUCCAGCAAGAGCUGGGCAUCCCAGCAGUCCACAUCAGUCCGAGCACUCUGGAAGAAUUUCAGCUAAAUGCUACCCAGCCUUCACUGCUGGCUGUCCACCUCCCCUACACUACCGGUACUGAGACGAAGGAAAUGCUCCUUAAAAAUGAUAAAAUCAUCGGAGAGGUUCUUGGCAAGUUUAAAUCUCACGGUGUGCCUUAUACAGCCGUAUACACCAGCCUGAAGCCUUCCAUUAUCACUCAGGAGACUCCAAUGAUGGCAGAAAGUGCCAUGGGACGUUCAUUACUUCAGGCUCCACCACAGGCAUCUGUGAAACCUCCGGUUACAUUUAGAAACACAGAGGGACACCCGUGUAUUCUGCUAUGGGCUGAAAACCUCAAUGUUAGUUUUAAGGAGACAUGGGUUGAUCUGGGCCCAGCGACCUUUAAUGGUUCUGCCACCUUGAAUGGUUCAACUUGCAACCAAACUCUUUCAAGACUCGUCCUAAAUUACCAAAAUGUUUUUAAGUUAAAACCCCUUCGGCUUAUCUUCUCCAUGCGCAACAGCCUCUUUCCGGUGUCGGCUCGUAACUGGAGCGUCAUGGAGCAGGUGGUGAUAGAGUAUGAUGGGAAGACAUCAGUCUUUAAUGGUAGUGGUGGUAUCUAUUCCCCUGCGGAGUAUUCUUUCCAUUGCCAGAGUGUGAGCAGCAUACAGAGCCCCCUGCUGGUGCCUACUGAAAGUGCUGCCCAGUGGAGGCUGUCCUUCACAGAUUUUCAGAUCCAAGGCUUCAAUGUUACGGGUGGAAAUUUUUCAUAUGCCAGUGAUUGUGCGGGUUUCUUCACUCCAGGGAUUUGGAUGGGCCUCCUUACCACUCUCCUCAUGGUCCUGAUCCUCACUUACGGCCUGCACAUGAUUAUGCAAGUUCGCACCAUGGACCGCUUUGAUGAUCCAAAAGGCCCAGCUAUAUCAGUGCCUUUAAAUGAGUGAAAAUCAGGAAAAACUGCCAUUUAUUGAUUUGUAUGUUAAUUCAGGAUCUAGGUAUUUGAAUGUUUUAAACGUAUAUGUUUAUUUUGUUUGCUUGUAGGAAGUGGUAAGAGAAUACUUUUCACUUGUUUUUCAUGUGCAUGGUCCAGUUUCAAAAGGUUUCAGAUACAUUAGUUUAAAUAUAAGUGCAGUGUACGCAAGUGGCUCUGUCAAGCUAAUGUUAAAUGAAAUUACAUUUUGGCUUCCAUGAUCAACUUCAACUCUGUAAUUUUUCGUACUAUUAUUUAUCUCAUUUGUCUUUUAAAUUGUAUGGUUUACUUCUCACACUGUGUUUGCAUUGUGUGUUUAUUUGUAAAUGUGAGAUUUGCCAAUAUGUAAAUACCAAAUGUACUAGACAGAUGGGUGGGGUUUCAUUAUCUUAAAAAGGUGGGAGUUUUUGAAAAAAAAAAUUCUGUAUUUUGGAAAUCAAGAAAUUGUACCAUUUUUGAUUAUUGAUUUUCUACAAAAUCAAUAAGCUAAUGUUUUCAACGUGCAGAGAGAUUUGUCCAGUAUUGUUGUUUAUAAAGACAAUUUACACAGGCAUAAAAUAUAUUCUAUGGACAACUAACACAAUCUGUUUAAUACAAAACUUAAUUACAAAACCAAUAAGCUUGGUCAU